CGAAUCUAUCUACAUGGUAAUAAGCGUGCCUUAUAUAGACUAUGUCCCAGGUGUGAUCACUCCCGUGUAAAUAAUCAUAAUCACCCUGGGGUGAUCACAGUUGGGUUGAUCACUUCCUUGGCGAUGAUCGUGAUCACUCCGGCCCUGGUGAUCGGGUUAGGGUUUCUUAUCUUAUCACCACGUGACCUCGUGCUCCUUGGUUGUCCUGGCUUGGGUUCCCGACAUCUUUCUCGUUCUUGCCCAAUCGUGUCGGUACCAAUCCUGGUCGUAACAUCAGGUCUCCCCUCCCAAGGCCAAGUCCCGUGGCCGUAUAAGUUGUUCGUCCAAUUUCCGCGUCCGCCGUUCGCCGUGAACGUCUGGCCGAAACCAUUGUUCUUGAGGGUUUCGAAGUUAUGCCGUGUUCCUCCUGUAAGGCCCGCGGCCACUCGUGUCGCAUGAUCUCAUCGAAUUCUCGAUGUAGUGGUCUUCCUUUCGCGUAUGGUUUGUUUCGCAAUCUGACCUGGUCCCCAAAACGCCUUUUUCAAUCUCGCAGCGAGGCUGAAGCUGUCCGUUUGGAUGCUGAGUUGUCGGUAAAGGAUGCUGUGGAAAGGGAUCGUUUGGGGGUCGACGAGCUGCCCUUCGAUGGUCCUUCUAAAUCAGGUCUGGUUCCUGAACUGCGCUCCCUGGGUCACGUCGAUGUUGUCGACUGGUCCUCGGUGUUGGGUGCUGAUCCGCAAAACUGGGUUUUCGCAGAUUUAGCCCCUGGAAAUGAUCCAACUCCUGGUAGUAUUGACGGAGUGGUUCCUGGCAAUUCUGGAGGUGGCUGAGGGGUUCCCAAAUGUUUUCUUCGUGUCCGUAGUUUUCCCAUUUAACAAGGUACUCUGUUUUGCCGUGGUUUCGUCUGUGGUCGAAU